GCUGCGCGCGCCGCGAGUGCAGCGCGUAGCACUGUUGCCGUCAGUCCCGCUACGAGAGCCAACCGCUACGAAUCCCCGUAGCCGAUCGCAGCGCGCUACGCGUAAUGUUACACCGCGCGUGACUACAAUCGCAUGCCGACCGCCGCUUUACAGUGCCAACAAGUGAUAAACAUAAAUAUAAACAUUCAAAUAGAUCGUGGUGGCGCGAUGGUGGUGCAGAGGUGAGAGCGCACGGCGGGCGGCGCGCCCCGCCGGCGCCGGCGCAUGGCUCUCGCACGAACGCUCAGGUGGCUGGUGCGAUGGACAGCGUGGUCUGCGGUGUGGUCGCUGGGCGCCGGGUUGGCCGGCCACGCUCCGUCGCUGACGCCCCCGCCUUGUCCCAUGCACUGCAUAUGCCUAUCACAGUCACAGGUGGUGUGCAACAGCGCGAGCCUGCGCGGCGUGCCGGCGGCGCUGAGCCCCGGCGUGACGCAGCUGGCGCUCUCCCGCGCCGACCUGCGCGUGCUGCGCUCCGACGCCUUCGCGCACCUGCGCCAGCUGCGCCGCCUCGCGCUCGACGCCUGCAACCUCACGCGCAUCCGCCCCUUCGCCUUCCGCGGCCUGCCCCGUCUCAAGGAACUCUACAUACAACACACCCCCCUCGCCACCGUCGACGCCUUCGCCUUCGCCGCCCUCCAAAACAUCACCUCCAUCGUCCUCACGCACAACAGAAUCGCACAAAUAGAAGGCUACGCCUUCGCCGGAACCAACUUCAUCAAACUAAUCUCCCUGAGAAACAACCCCGUUAGAAAAAUACUCGCCCAUGCCUUCUCCGGGUUAAACGACGUGGCACAAAUCGAACUGCCUUCCGGCAUUAGAUCGAUCGAGCCGCAAGCGUUCGCGGGGCUCGAGAGCGUCGGCGUCCUCGAACUGGCUUACAUGGACUUGCCGGCGCUUCAGCCGGACACGUUUCGAGGAUUGACUCGAGUCGGGAAACUCGCGUUGCGGGAAUCCGAUCUCGGCAUUAUCCGCGUGGGGGCUUUCGACGGCCUGCAGCGAGUCGACGUGCUGGAAAUGUGUAAUAAUAAAAUUGAUAGAAUCGAGGAGCUUUCACUAGUGCAAAAUAACAGCGUAAAUAAUUUUAGACUGACCGGGAACCACAUGUUGGAGACGCCGGAGUCGGUCAUGUUGGAAGUGGGUAACUUAGUGGUGCGCGGGAAUCACCUACCGUGCGAGUGCGGGAGGGACCCGUUGGCGAAUCCGCUGGCGCUGACGCAGGGCUUCGCGGAGGAGAACUUCUGUAUAUCGCCGCUGAAGGUGCGGGGGCGGAGCCUGGCGAGCGCGGCUGGCGCAGUGUGCCGCGGGGAGGCGGGGGGCAGCGCGCGCGCGCGCGCGGCGGCGGGCACGGGCGCGCGCUCGGCGCGCAGCGAGCAUUGCCUCGCGCCGCCGCACCUCGCGCUCUUCAUAACUACCUUCGUUUUCCUCGCCAACAGCUAACCGCCUUCCGUGUUCAAUUAGGUACUCGACUUUAUGUACAUAUUGUAAUAUAAAGUACCUUUAUUAUGGAUGUCAAAUAUUAUGAAAAGGUCCGUUCAUUGAGUAUACGUUGGACCAUGAUUAAAAUUUGCCUU